GUCGGUUGUCCAAAGAAGCCAAGCCAGCUGCUGUGUACUCCUCUGAUUUGAAGCGCGCUGCCGAGACUGCACAAACUAUCGCAAUAGCUUGCCAUGUACCCAAUCUGGUGUUUGAUCAGUCACUGAGAGAAAGGCACAUGGGAGAUCUCCACGGUUUGAAGUUUGAUGAUGCCGUCAGUACCAAGCCUGAAGCUUACAAGGCUUUCUCAUCAGAUGACAGAAACCAAGAAAUUCCUGUUGGUGGGGAGAGUCUUGAUCAACUUUCCAAGCGCUGUGUUUCCUACUUGAACAUGAUAGCUGACAAGCACAAGGGUAAGCAAUGAUCUGAUAUAGGAGGAAAACGUUGGAUGAUUUUACCUUUGGAGGGUAUUUGAGUUAUGUGCUUCAUGUAAGGGCAUUCUGGAUAUUUUCCGGAUGCCUAUAUAUAUGAGAGAUGGCUGGUUGGGGUAGCCAUCCCUUUGCUUGUUUUGGUGGGGGUUUUCUCAUUUGCUUUGUGAGAGCCUUUGGCAGAGGGAGAGAGGUGUGAGUUGAUCUUUUUGUCAUCCUAGUUUGGAUUGUGCUUAGGAGUGGCUAGUAACCGAACAUGGUGGAGUAAUCCAAAGAUCAAUUUUAUGCCAUAUUGUUCCAUCCUCUUUGAAUCUAAAAUUUAUCUUUCUCGGUAUUUUUGGAGGUAUUUUUGGGGAUUUUGCGUUCUUCGCGUUUGAGCCCAAAUCCCGUGAGAUUUGUUAGGAGAAAUUGUUGCUAUGACCCGUGUGAGCAUCUAUAAUGUGAUCUCCCUCAAAUCCCUCACAAAUUUGGCUUGAAUUUUGAGAUUCCCCGAAAAUCCCCUUUCUUAUGCCCUUCCCAAAUCCUUUGAAUCUAGUGACCAAUUCUUGGGCUUUUCAACUUGAUCCUUUGGAAAAUACCUUUGGUAUGUUGUUGUGAGUCUAUGGUUUAAAUUUUCUAAUUUUUGGAGGUCGUUUGAUCGAGUUUCAGAUUUUUCCAACUUCCUCACGAAGGCUGUUUUCAAGAGUUUUGCAAUUUUCCAAAGGUUUUCCGGAAAUUUUCGAAAGUCCGGAAGUUUCCGAAGGAUUUUCCGGAAUUUUCCAAACUUUAGUGUUGGUUUUCAAAUUUCUUCUUCCGAUACUUGUUUGGGCUCUUUCUUGCUUCCACUAGUCUCAAAUUGGGUUCCUAGCAAUAUUCCUAGGUCCAUUAGCUCCUGCAUAGCUAAGGGGACUUGAUAUUGCUAGAAGAGAGUUUUGUGGAUUAGGUUGGGACUUUAGUCGAGAUUCUUUGAGAAAAUUUGAAUCAGCUCCCAUUCACCUCCCCUCUGGUCAUCUUUUCGGUCCUUCAAUUGGUAUUAGAGCUUGGUUAAGAAUCACACAACUUUAAUCAGCUUUGUGAUCCACGGGGCGACAAGGUAAAGAGCGCUUUUGCUUGCGGAUUUGGUUUUCACGAUUUGAGCUUGUUUUUGGCUAAUCCUAACCGGUGCUUUGAGUUUUGGCACCAAGCUCUUGUUCUAUUGGUUCUUUGUCCCUAGGUGGUGUGGUCACAUCAAAGCAGAAAGAAGCGGGAUGAUCUAAACAAGGAUGAUGAAGUGAUGGCAUUGAUGCGUCUUUUGAUGGAUGAGAUGCCUCAAGAAGAUGAUCUCCAACGCAAGCUUCACAAGAUGAGUAGAGGUAAACUCUCCCAAGGUAUAAUUGGUUUGUUCACUUGCCUUUGUGCUCAUGGCGAGACGAUUGCUAAGCUUAAGAAAAAUUUGGACAUGUCUAGACUUGAUAAUGUGAAUGCUUUAAUUUCAUGCAAGUCUAGCUUACCUCUACCAUGCAAAUCUUGUGAUGUUUUGCACAUUGAAAAUGAGAAACUAAAAAGAGAUGUUUAUCUUGGUGACAAGCAACUUGAAUCUUGUAGAAGACUACUUGAUGAGCUCUCAAUUGAUUAUGAUGCUUUAAAAUCUAAAAAUGCAAUGUUGAAAUCCAAUACCUCUAUGCCAUGUAAUUCAUGUGUUGCUUUGAAUAAUGAUCUUGAUAAGACUAGGAUGAAAUUGCUCUUUUGAAGUCUAAUGCUUCUUUGCCAUGUGUUUCAUAUGAGUCUUUGUUUGCUGAAAUUAAUGACUUAAAAUUGACUCAUACCACAUGUGUUGAACAAAUUGAGCAUGCUAGGGUUGAAAUUUGUGAAAUAAAGUCUAUGCCUUGUAGCAUGUGCUCUUUGGUUCUUGAUGAUGAUGCUUGCCUUACUUCUUGUGAUAAUCAUGAUAUCGUGCGUGAUGUGAAUGAUGAUGAUUGUUCAUGCGGUCUUAUUUGCACAUCAUGCAUUGAAUUGGAAAAUGAAGUUUUAACUUUGAAGCAAAUGCGCGAUGAUAUGAGUGCCAAGUUGGUUGAGCGCAAUGAGAUGAGUGCCAACCUUGAGAAAGAAAAUAAACUCUUGCGUACUACAUAUGCUAAGUGUAUUGAAAAGGAGAUGGAUAAUUUGAGAAAUGCUCCAUGUGGUACUUGUGAUCGUCUCAAACAUGAAAAUGAGGUUUUAGCCACAAGAUGCAAGAUUCUUAGUGCUAAGUCUUUUGAUUCUUGCAAUUCUUAUCACUCCGAUGUUGGUGUUUCCAAAAUUGCUUCUUCCCAACUGGAGUUGCUUUCUUCUAUUGAGCGUGAGUCUUUGGAUGCUAGUACUUGUGCUAGUGCUUUGGAUAGCUCUUCUAUAGCUACUCUUAAGCUUGUUGCUUCUUCCAGUAUUGCUCAAGAUAAUUCAAGUGGCAAGGGUGCUUCUCACACUUUUGUAACUCAUACUCCCAAACCAAAGUUUCAUUGCACCUUUUGUAAGAUGGGCAUACCAUUGAGUUUUGUUUUCGCCAUAUCAAGCAUGAGCGAUGUGUGCGUGCCAAAGCUUUUAGAAAGCCAUGUAGCCUUUCCCAUGGCACGUGUGAACCUAAUGUUGGGCACCAAGUCAAAUGGUGUUGUUGAUGCUUUUUGCUCUAAGUCCCAAGGGAUUUCUCACUUGAAUGAGAAUGAUGAUUCAUCCUCUCGGACCGUGCCUACAAAAAGGCCUUUGUACCAUUGCUCCUAUUAUGAGAAAGAUGGGCAUCAAGAUAGCUUUUGUUAUCGUCAUGCAAGACAAAUGUGACGAACUCGUGUUUCUAGGCCUUUGGUUGUUCAUAGCCCAUCUCAUGGCAUGAGCACUUGUGAGCCUAGUAAGAAGCCACAUUUCAUUGAUGGGUUUUAUGACUACUUUUCUAGUGAGUUAGGUCAUGCUCGUGGACAUGCUUCUAGUUAUUCUUAUGUUGGUCCACGCCAUGGUUCUCAUGGUGCUUGUGUUGGUUCUUCUCUUAAGACCCCGGGGGAUCAUUGUCUUUUUGCUAGUGGUAGCACUCGUUCUUCUUCUCAAGUUGCUUCUUUGAGGCAUGGUUCCAAGGGUAUUUCAAAAUCAUCUCAUUUGAACCGGCAUUUGCAUCAUGCUAACCCACAUGAUAAGUUGAGUGCAUCUUUUACCCGUGUGACUAAGUUUUGGAUUCCCAAGUAUAUGCUUACUAACCCUUUGGGAUGCAAGACUCGGUCUUCUUUGUCCCCUCAUGUGUAGGUAUGGGGAUGCAGGUGGAGGACAUGAGCUCGAAGGGACUUGAUCUUUUGCUUGAGGUGAUCAAGACUUGAUGGCUCUCCACACUGUUUGGAUGUACACUUGUAUAGUGAGUUUUUCCUUUCGUGUAUACUAUUCACUUGUGGACUCUUUUGCAAGUUUUAUACUUGUAUCAUGCUGUGAAUAUACCAUGGUAGGCUAGCCACCUAUUCAUGUUAGCAUGUGUGAUCUUCAUGUGUAUCUUGUCAUGCUAGCUUUUUAAUAUAUCUUGGUGGAUGAUUCACAUGAACAUCGUACCAUGCUUUUGCUUAGUCUUUGUAUUGGGUAUGGUAUAUUGUUCAUUUGGUAUCAUUUUAGCUUAGUAUCUUUGUAUAAUCCUUCGCACCUUGUUGACAUGUUUGCUUGCCCAAUCUUUUAUUCAUAAAUGUAGAAUCAUGUUGCAAUGCUCUAAUUCCUCUCAUUGGUAUCAUCAUUGCUUUGUGUGACAUGAAUUGAGCUUUAUUUUGUUUUUGGGCUUCCCUUAUCUUUAGGUUGCAUUUUCUCUUCUUUUUUUAUUGGAGUUAGAACUUUUCUUUUACCCCUUCUUUUUCUAGCUUUUCUUUGCUAGGUGUCUUUGGUUGAGGGGGAGUUCAGCUUCAUUCGAGGGGGAGUUUGGACCAAGGACUUGCUUUGAUUUUUGAUAUCCGCUUUUGAUCUUUUAAUUGUUAUCACAUUUGAUCUUUCAAUUGGAUUCCAUCUUCUUCAAGUGAUAUCAAUUUUUGAUCCUUCAAUUGGUAUCCUUUCUAUGGUACUCAAUUGGGAUCCUUGGCAGUUUUUCUUUGGCAACGGAGCUUUUCCUAGAUUGGUUUGACCCUCAUGAACUUUCUUGAUUUUGAGCUGAGCCCCAUCUCUUUUAGCAUUGCAUUGCAUUUAUAUCAUAUUGCACCUUGUACACUUUG